ACUUCAUGUGCUUCAUAAGACUCAAUACUAAAGUCUGAUCACUUCCAAGAGCUAAGCAAUAAUUUGUAAAUUAAACCCCUGCUGUUUAGAAAUGGUCUUGUAUGCUCUUGAAACAUCUAAAGCAAAAAUAAAUCUACAAAACAGAAUGUUUUAUUUUAUCCUGAUGAGCUGCCAAAUCUCUGAAGUAAAUGUUCACUUUAUCUGUUGGGAAAAUGUGGAAAGGUGGACCAGCAAGGAAAGCUUGAGCUCUUGUCUUGGACCCAGUAUAGAAAGGUUGAGUUGGGGAUGAUGCACAUAGUUCAGUCCUUUGCUCUUUGAUGCGGAUAGCGAGUAGAAAAGUAGAAGUUGAUACCACUGGAUGUUUGCUUGCAGGCUGGUAACUUGUGCUGGGGAUUGCAUCUCCUUACAUAGAGCAAGAAUGAAAAAAAUAAAAGGAAUAUUAAUAUAUAAGGUAAUCUGUAUUAACACACACUUGCCACUGUUUUUCAGGAUUGCAUGACUUGCAAAAUUACCUGUGUGUGGACCUGCAGUGGUGUUUGACUGGAUAUUGCUGCCUGGUUCUGAAUGAUGUCAGAACAGGAUUUGGCAGAUGUUGUUCAGAUUGCUGUUGAAGACCUCACUCCCGAUAACCCAGUUGUGCUGGAGAAUCAUGAAGUGACAGAUGAUGAUGUAGAACCUGCUCUGAAACGCCAGCGUAUAGAAAUUAACUGCCAGGAUCCUUCUAUUAAGUCCUUCCUGUAUUCCAUUAAUCAGACAAUAUGCCUGCGGUUGGAUAGCAUUGAGGCAAAGUUGCUGGCACUAGAGGCUACCUGUAAAUCAUUGGAAGAGAAGCUGGAUCUUGUCAUGAACAAACAGCACAGCCCCAUCCAAGUCCCCAUGGUGGCAGGUUCUCCUCUUGGCGCUACACAGACAUGCAAUAAAGUACGAUGUGCUGUUCCUGGACGUAGGCAGAACACCAUAGUGGUGAAAGUUCCUGGGCAUGACGACAGUCACAAUGAAGAUGGAGAGAGUGGCUCUGAGGCCAGUGACUCAGUUUCCAACAGCGGACAAAUAGGAAGCCAAAGUAUUGGAAACAACGUCACCCUUAUUACACUGAACUCUGAAGAGGAUUACCCCAAUGGGACAUGGCUUGGAGAUGAAAAUAACCCUGAGAUGCGGGUGCGUUGCCCCAUCACGCCUGCUGACAUGCUGCAUAUCAGCACGAACUGCCGUACAGCCGAGAAGAUGGCGUUGACUUUGCUUGAUUAUCUCUUCCAUCGGGAAAUUCAGGCCAUUUCCAACCUCUCAGGCCAGGGGAAGCAUGGGAAGAAGCAACUUGAUCCUCUCAUGAUUUAUGGGAUUCGCUGUCACCUAUUUUACAAAUUUGGGAUCACAGAAUCUGACUGGUACAGAAUCAAGCAAAGCAUAGACUCCAAAUGCCGAACAGCUUGGAGGCGGAAACAGCGGGGGCAGAGUCUUGCUGUGAAAAGCUUUUCAAGGCGAACACCUUCAUCAUCAUCUUACAGUGGUUCAGAGGGUUCGCAGAGUUCAGUUUCAGCUUCUAAUGAGAUCCAGCAGAACCAGCCACAAGCGCUACACUAUGCACUAGCCAAUGCUCAGCAGGUUCAGAUCCACCAAAUAGGAGAAGAUGGACAAGUCCAAGUAAUCCCACAGGGCCAUCUCCACAUAGCCCAGGUUCCCCAAGGCGAGCAAGUCCAAAUCACGCAGGACAGUGAGGGAAACCUGCAGAUACAUCAAGUUCAUGUGGGUCAAGAUGGGCAGGUGUUGCAGGGUGCUCAGCUGAUAGCUGUUGCUUCUGCUGAGCCUGCCUCAGGGGGUGUUGAUGGGUCCCCACUCCAAGGGAGUGAUAUCCAAGUCCAGUAUGUGCAGCUGACACCAGUGACAGACCACUCUGCAACUAAUCAACAGUUUUCCAGUUAUUUUCAUCAACAGCCUGGAUUUCCCUUAGAAGCCGGAAUAUUAGCAAUUAGAAAGACUGCAGUGGGUAAAGACAGCAGUUUUAGACCAUAUCCUGCACCAGCUGGUGAAAUUGAAAGCACAGGCCAAGCAGGUAAUUUUACUCACCUUACCUACAAUAGUUCUGUCACUCAGCAACAUCCUACUGUCUUUUCUAUGAUCACCCUUAGUGAACUUCUGUCCAUAACACUCCAUACCCCCAAGCUGUCAGCAUGUGCAUCUUGCUGGGACAAGUCCUUCUGCAGCUUUGGUGCAUGUUGUGCCACACACGAGUUUUAUUUUGCUUCCUUUUGGAACUUGUUCUUUUUUUGGGAAGAGAGGGAAUGAUUUUUUUCUAUUUGCUCUCUUUGUGCCACUCAAUGAUUUUAUAGAUCUUUAUCAUGGUUUUAUUAUUUCAGCCUUCUCUUUCCAGCCUGAAGGGCAGUAGUCUGUGUGGGCUUCGUGUGGAUUCUUUGUUAUUUUUGGUGCCUUUGUAAGUGUAUUCCCAUUUCAGUUCUCUCAUAGAAAUGAUAUCCAUACAGAUUUUGCACUGGUGUAUACACAAGAACUUUGUGUUGCUAUAAUAUGUUCACGUUCCCUUGGCCACACCAGUGGAAAGCACUGUUGUACU